AUGUCGUUGGGAGUCUCAGCAUGGGACCAGUGCGACACAGGGCUUCAGAAGGAGAACCAUCCUCAUCACACUCCCUCCAUCCUGCAGCAGACUGCUCAUUUCACGCUCAUUAAUAGGCUAAACUCAGAACUACAGCCGUUUGUGAAGAGUGUGGAGCCCACGAGCUUCAGUCUAAGUGCUGCUCCAGUGGUGUUCCAUCAGCAGAGCGUCGGGACGGAGAGGUGGCAUCAGCAGCUGCAGCUGGCACAAACAUCAAGAAGUAUGUUGGAUUACUCAAAGCUCCUGGCCACAGUCAAGUCGGACAAAGGCGUGAGUUCGGCGGUAGACUUAUGCUGUUUCCAUAGUAACAAGGCUCUGGAGGCCAUCCAGGCUUUCCCCGCCUCCGAGGCCCGAUCCGCCCUGGAGAACAUCGCAUCAGCCGUCACCAAAUUCUAA